AUGAAGGUACCUUUGUUGUAUAACCAUAAUACAAGGAACAAGUUCGAGAAGUUGGUGAUUUUGAAUACCUAUAUUAAUUCUAAAUAACAAGAUGUUGUAUGGGUAAAAAGAAUAUUCACGUCGAUAAAUUUGAGGAGGAGAUCUUUCCAAUGAUUGCUAGAUUAAGAGAUCUCACAUAUUCAAGAUAACCAAAAAUAGACUUAGAAGUAACUAUGCAAUUAAGAAAUAAAAGAGAUGAAUCAAUAGAGGAGGAAAGUAAAUAAAUUUUAAAGGACUUCCAUUUUUCAAAUUGCUUAUUAUGGUGA